GGCAUAGUUCCCUUAGAAGUCGGCCCAGGACGGGCAUUCCCCCAGGGCGUCAGUCGUGACGUUGCUCACCUCUGUGAGGCGGCAACGGCGAGCCUUUUCAGCAUCGCCACCACCACCACUGCAUGUGUGAGGAAGAAGAAAUAGCACUGCUAGCACUGAUGUGUCUUUUCGGCUCACCAUACCUUCGCGGAUCAAGGCGACUGGACGAGGAAGAAGCCGCCUCGAUGCCAAUACACACGAAGAAGAAGAACUAGAAGAGGUCGCAACAUUUACCAGCCAUUGCCCGGGAAGAAGAAGAAGAACGUCUGCCUUUGAAAAACAGAAGAACAAGAAGAAGAAGAAGAAUAACAGCACCGCAUGUCAGUAUCGAACAUGGAAACCUGGCAAGAAGUAUUGGACGUUGCUUCUGAACACUUGAAGAUCUCCAACAGCUUUGUGCGUUUUAUGCAAUUAGAAAGUUACGAAGAGAAAGUCGAUUUCUGCCUUCGGAACGCUGUCAUCAAACUAAAGCUUCAGCAGUGGCUCAGAGGUUUCAUUUCAUCGAAAGAACGCAAGUCCUCCGAAAGAGCGUCAGAACUGAGGCUUGCAGGCAACUUUCAUUUUAGCAAGAAGCGCUACGAUCGAGCGAUUGAGUCGUACACCCAAUGUGUCUUCUCAGCACCGUUUCCAGAGACGACUGGAGCAGUUGCCCGUCCAGAAGAGCUAUCCUUGGGUUUUGCAAAUCGAUCGGCUGCGUUCUUUCAUUCUGGCAUGUAUCGAGAGGCACUCCAUGAUGUAGUUAAUGCUUUCGAAGUUGGAUAUCCUUCAAGUUUGCAUUACAAGCUCUAUCUGCGGAAGGCACAAUGUCAGGUAAGACUUGGGGAUACCAAGGAGGCCCUUGAUAGCUACACUAACGCCAAGAAAUGUUUGUCCCAAUCAACUCUCGACUCUGCUCGGAUGAACGAGCAACUCGUGAAAAUUGAACUCUUGGAAACGUAUUGCUUGGACAAUGCACAUUUAGGGACAUCAGCUGACGAGGAAGCAUACGGACACACUCCCACCGCGCUCAGCGGCAGGUCGCACGAGGAAGUUCCUCCCGGCACUUCCGCUGUUGACGUGUGCCACAGCCCAGAGAAGGGUCGUUUCACUGUUGCCAACAAGGACCUUCUUCCAGGUGCAGUUCUCUCUGUUGAAAAACCUUAUGCGUCCGUCCUCUUGCCUUCAUUCGCAAGGUCGCACUGCCACCAUUGUCACAAGGAGAUCUUGAACGCGGUGCCGUGCUCAGUGUGUGACAAAGUCCGCUACUGCUCCUUCGCGUGCUCAAAGACCUCUUGGACAGCCUACCACAAGUGGGAGUGCGGGUUGCUGGACCUCCUUUAUUCAAUUGGUGUGGCACACUUGGCACUCCGCAUGCUUCUUGUAACCGGCCUGUCGAAUCUGGUGACUUACCUCGUAGGCGUUCGACGUGGCGAUUUAGGCUCCAGGAAUCAUAACUAUCAUGUCGUGUUUGAGCUGGUGGCGCACGGUGAAAAGGUGGAUGCUGAGGACUCUCUGCGCUAUUCGCUUACAUCUGCUUUGCUGCUGCUGCUUUUAGACCACGUAUCAUUUUUCGACGAUCAAGAAACAUCUGGUUUGGGUGGCAACCUAAAAUCUGUUAUAGGGGGUGCUCUCUUACGGCACAUUCUACAGCUCGUAUGCAACGCUUAUACCGUCACAAGCUACGAAUCCAGACCAGGCGUGGAGGAUGGGACCACGGCGACUUCUCAACAAGUUUCCAUUGCCACCGCAAUAUAUCCCAACGCAAGCCUUACAAACCAUUCUUGCAACCCGAACGUUGUAUCAGUAUUUCACGAUGGUGCCACAUUAGCCAUACGCGCCAUAAGAAUGAUCAGAGCAGGUGAAGAAAUCUUAAUCUGCUACGGGCCACAUUAUCGGAAGAUGCCAUUCGUUGAACGGCAAAAGAUACUACAAGACCAGUACUGUUUUAGGUGCACGUGCGAUGCAUGCAGCGCAGGAGAGGACCCUGAGAGUGCGCUACGGUCACUAAAGUGCGAGUCCUGUGAAAGUCCGCUCAGACAGCCAAAUAAAAGUGGAAUGGCAGAAUGUGUAGCAUGUGGCGCCAUUGAGGAUUACUUACACAGAAUACUGUGCGCCUUGAGAACACACGAUUUGUACGCGAUGGCCGUUAAACAUGCGGAAGAAAAGAACCACAUCGAAGCUGUUCAGCUAUUGAACAAAUGUCUCAGCCAUCGCGAGAAAGUUCUGCACAAAUACAACACUAAACUGCUCGAAACGCGGGAUAUGCUGGUACGGUGUUUACGUGCCCUUGGAGACUACCGUUCAGCGUGCCGGGUCUUGCAGACAUCAUUGGACGUGAUUCGCGAGGUAUACGGCGAAUAUAGCUUAGAAGUUGGCUAUGAACUGUUGAAGUUAUCAGAUGUUAUGGUGAAUGCAAUUUCUCAAGUACAGCGUGAAAGUGAGUCACGCGAAGACACACGAGACCUGGUGGAGAAAGCGGAGGCUGUGCUAAACAAUGCUCAAGAGAUUUUACUGCUGCAUUGCGGUAGCACGCAUUCCGCUCUGCGGGAACUGAGGGAUAAAAGGGAUGUCUUGCACGCCUGGAAGUCCCCACAUUCGUGAACCCCUGCUGUGCAGGCAUGGAAAACGGAGUGGUCCUAGAGGCAUCUGAGGGGGGGGGGGAGGCAUUCGUUUUAGCUAGAUAGUGCUCGCAUCGAAGUCUUCUGAAUGGGGCUGUUGCGAGUGGUCAGCUCUUCAAAGUUAGUCCUCUUUAUUUCCUCUUUGUUAUCUUUAUUUCGGGUUUAUAUAGAUACCACACAGGAGAAGAUAGUUUCAUGUGUCGAUUCGGGACCCCUCUAUAUACACUCUGUUGGAAUGAGUAGUCGUGUUACAUGCUGACGGCAUCGAACCAAGCAGAGUAAGUGCUGAAUGUACUUUAUUUACAAUAAAGCGUGCGCGUAAAGCGCUAAAACGGUGUGGCAAUCGAACUCUCAUGGCUCUACAAAUGCUCACCUGAGAGAAGGUCAGCACAGAACAAAGCCCGUACUAAAAUUAUGUGACGGUUAAAAAGCUCUGUACAAGAACAACACUUGUAACAACGGUCAACAGGCUGCUUUUUUUAGAAGACUGGGUUGUGCCUUGUUCUGCAGGCGGAGAGAGGGAUGCAAGUGCCGUUGCGUCGCUGCCGAAUAAAGCCCCUCUUGCAGAAGCAACCAGGAACACAUUGUGCGGUACAUACGGUACCAGGUGGUUCACCGCAUACAGCUGGACACGCUGACCCACAGCUGCGGAAUUCCUCGUUACGGCCUCUGCACUCUUCUCCUGCUGCCUCACACUGUCCCCUGGGAACGCAUGGGCCACCCCUGUACUGCUGAACAAAGCCUGGUUUACAGAAGCAUCCCUGUACGCAUUGUGAAGUGCAAGGCAAAGUCUGCGGUUGGUUACAGAAUUCCGGGCAUGCUGAUCCGCAGUCCUUGUACACUUGGUUUGGACCGCACCGGGAAUUCCCAUUGCCACCAGGUACUGGGCCAUUGCCACCAGGUACUGGGCCAUUGCCACCAGGUACUGGGCCAUUGCCACCAGGUACUGGGCCAUUGCCACCAGGUACUGGGCCAUCGCGACACUCUGACUUCGGGAUGCAUGGACCUCCACGGUGCGCACGAAUAUACCGCGGUUUACAGUUGCAGGCUGGUCUACAGAUGCGUUGGUUGAAGCCCA